UUGUACGGGGAUCCCAACAGCCAAUCAGCGGCCGCGACACAGCGCCCAAUGAGCCACAGGCAGCGGCGGUUACAGGCUGGGAGAGCAGCAGCUCACAGUCCGGGCUGGGAAGCGCUGAGAGUACUGAGAGCUGAAGCUGCAGAGCCGCCGCCUGGGGAUCUAUAGCUGCCGGAGCUCCGGACUGCACCCCCGCCGCCGCUGCUGCCCGGGAUAUGUGUCAGGAGCUCCUCUGCUAGGAUUGUGGCUGCCGCUGGGAGGAAACUUACUGCUCAUACAGUACCUGGUUCCCGGACAUAGGAGCCCCCCAAAGGGAGGAGGAGGAUCACCCCCACACCAGCAACAGCAGCAGGCUGGGGCUCCCUGGGACUGAUGAGCACCCUCUGAUGACCUGAGCUCCCCGGGCAUGGCAGGAUCAGUGGCGGCUGUGGUGUAAUUCUCAUUAUCCGCAAUUGUUCUGCAAUUAGCACCCAGCGCGGAUUAUAGCAUGCAUCCCCAGCUCCUGCCCCUCACCCUGCUCUCUCACCUGCUCCUCGGAUCCUGCCUGACAUCCAGGACCCCCUGCCCGUCAAGAUGCAUCUGUACUGGGAACACAGUGGACUGCCGCAACCAGGGUCUCACACAGGUCCCCUCUGACCUCCCAGCAUGGGCAACCCACCUAAACCUGAGCCACAACAAACUGAAGGAGAUCGAUCCGGCCGCCCUUGUGGGGCUACUGGGGCUACGGGAAGUCCAAUUGGGUUACAAUGAACUGACUGCUAUCCCGUCACUUGGACCAGCUUCUUCACAAGUCAUCAUUCUUUCAUUGCACCACAAUAAGAUUCGGAGUAUAGAGCAACAUGAACUGACUGAAUACACUGCCCUGGAGACCUUGGAUUUGAGUUCAAAUGAAAUAACGAAAAUUCAUAGCGGUUCUUUUCCUCUACGACUGCGUAUUAAGGAGCUCAACUUGGGGAGCAACAAGCUGAACAGCCUCGAGCCGGGAUCAUUUGACAACCUGUCACGCUCUCUGCUUACACUUCGUCUGAGCAAAAACAGAAUCACCCAGCUUCCUGCCAAAGCAUUCAGGCUCCCCUUACUAACCCAACUGGAGCUGAAUCGGAAUCGGAUUCGACUGAUAGAGGGACUCACGUUCCAGGGGUUGGAUCACUUGGAGGUUUUAAAGUUACAGCGCAACAAUAUCAGCAAACUCACAGACGGGGCCUUCUGGGGUCUGGCGCGAAUGCAAGUCCUACAUCUGGAAUAUAACAGCCUGACAGAAGUGAACAGUGGUUCUCUUUACGGGCUGAAGUCGCUCCAGCAACUUUACCUCAGUAAUAACUCCAUAUACAAUAUCAGCUCCGGGGGCUGGAGCUUCUGCCAGAAACUGCAAGAGCUAGUUCUGUCCCAUAAUAAUCUCAGUCGACUAGAUGAGAAGAGUCUUGCCUAUCUUGGGUCUCUGACUGUCCUACGCCUCAGCCAUAACGCCAUUAAUUUAAUUGUAGAAGGUGCAUUUAAAGGGCUUCAGAAAUUGCGUAUAUUGGAAUUGGAUCAUAACGAGAUCUCGGGCACAAUAGAGGAUACCAAUGGAGCAUUUAAAGGCUUGGACAAUCUGAACAAGCUAUCUCUGUUUGGAAACAAGAUCAAGUCGGUGGCCAGAAACGCUUUCUCAGGCUUGGGGGCCCUGGAGCACCUAAACCUUGGUGGUAACGCCAUGCAGUCUGUGCAGGGUGAGGCGUUUGAAGAGAUGAAGAUGCUGAGAGAGCUAUACAUCAACAGUGAGAGCUUCUUGUGUGAUUGUCAUCUCAAGUGGCUUCCUUCGUGGUUGACGAACAGAAAUCUGCAGGCCAACGUAAAAGCCGUUUGUGCACAUCCAGAGAUUUUAGAGAACAAGAGUAUUUUCAGUGUCCUGCCACUGAGCUUUGUUUGUGAUGAUCUGCCGAAGCCGCACAUCACCGUGCAGCCGGAGAAGACCAUGGCGGUGGUCGGGAAGGAUGUGCGCUUUUCCUGUUCCGCCGCAAGCAGCAGCAGCUCCCCCAUGACCUUUGUGUGGAAGAAAGACAGCGAGAUCUUGCACAAUCCGGAUAUGGAGAACUUUGCCAAUGCCCGGGAGGAUGGCGAUGUGAUGGUCCACACGGCGAUUCUGCACCUGCGCAAUGUGACGUUUGAACACAAGGGACAGUACCAGUGUAUCAUUACCAAUCAUUUUGGUUCUACGUACUCCAGCAAAGCUGGACUGACUGUACAUGUUCUGCCGUCUUUCACCAAAACCCCAAGCAAUAGGAACAUAAGGGUGGGCACCACGGCUAGACUGGAGUGUGAGGCAACUGGAGACCCCACUCCAGAAAUCGCUUGGCAGAAAGACGGGGGUACAGAUUUCCCUGCUGCCCGGGAGCGACGCAUGCAUGUCAUGCCCGAAGAUCACGUCUUCUUCAUUACAGCCGUGACGAUCGAGGACAUGGGAGUGUACAGCUGCACAGCACAAAACCCGGCCGGAUCCGUAUCUGCCAAUGCAACAUUAACAGUACUUGAGAUGCCGUUUUUGGCACAUCCCCUCGAAGACCGCACAGUUUACGCAGGGGAUACACUAGCACUGCAGUGCAAAGCCAAUGGUAGCCCGACACCACGCAUCACCUGGCUGAAAGGCGACGAGCCCCUCCUUAUGACAGAACGGCACCAUUUUACUACAGGCAACCAGUUCCUCAUAAUACGCAAUGUAGUGCAGGAAGAUGCUGGGAAAUAUACCUGUGAGAUGUCCAACACACUCGGGACGGAACGCGCUUACAGUCAAGUGAGCAUUACACCCAUGACCAGCUGUGCAUCAGAGUCUACCAAGAUGGAGGGGGCCAUGACGUUUGGCAUAAUCACCAUCGCUGUGGUGUGUAGCAUUGUCCUUACCUCUCUGGUGUGGGUGUGUAUUAUCUACCAAACCAGGAAGAAAAGUGAGGAGUACAGCGUCACCAACACAGAUGAGACCAUUGUCCCACCAGAUGUGCCGAGUUAUUUAUCAUCGCAAGGAAUAUGCUCUAAUGAUGGGACAGGAGACACGGAUGUAGAGGCUUGCAAUGUGGGGUACAGGCAGCCAAGACUUUGCAUAGGAUGCAACUCAGAUGAGCCAUGUAAGAUGGCGGAUGGGUUGUUCAGUACGGAUAAUACAGGCUACGGAUAUCCGGUUGUAUGUACAGACUGCAUGGAGGGUCGUGCUAUGUACAGCAAGGACACAGACUAUUGUCCAGAGACAUUGCCAUCCAUAGACUGUUUAUACGAAAAGUCAAAAAGUGAGCAUGAAAUCUAUCUGAAUACUAUUGACCACUCCAGGCUGCCAAAUGGUCACCAAAGCAUUGGGACAAUAAACUACAACAAAAUGGCCGACUGUGAGCUUGUGUAUCCAAGCAACCAUGAGAGGGAUCCUCUCUGCAGCAAACAGCAGUCACAUGUAUUGAUCUCUGAUGCACAAGGUUCACACCUGGAGCCAUUAAUCAAGUCACCUGAAAGAGGGGGAUUAUACCACCCCCCAGUACCGGACUGUUCAGUACAGCAAACACCAUACAUAACAGAUUCUGUACCCGAGGGUACAGCUAAACAGACUAUGCUUUCCAACGGACAUGCAGUACCACCAUUGCCGCCCGGCCACAGGCCUCUCAGUGGCUCAGAGGACUGGGAAUGACUGCUGUGUGCAAAGGAGAAUAAAUGACUUUAGAUAUUGCACUGAACUGGCACAUAUUCUUCUACCUCAGCUCCUGAACUCGCUAUUUAGGGGUAAACGGAAAAUAAUAAAUGAGGUAUGAAUCAAACACUUUUAUGGGAAAACAUCGCACGUCAUCCUCGCCGGGAUACAUGGUACUUUACAGACUUCUAAUACAGGUGUUGAUAGCUCAAACGUUGUAUUGCAUUGGUGGCACAAUAAUGCAAGAGACUUGUAAGUAGUGAAACAAAAGAAAAUGUAUUUGAUACAUUGUACAUAAGAGUUUUCAUAAAUAUAUAUAUAUAAAUAUGUAAAUAUCUAAACUAGAUUUAAAUAUAUACCUAUAUGUUUUACAGAGUCUAUUUUAAUUGUUAGUGCAUGGAGAACACGAUAACAGCUGUGAAAUGUGUCACUGGUUUUCGAAAAUGAAUGAAUUAGGUGCCUUAUUGUAAAAACAAAAACAAAUGUGGGUUAAUUUAUGGAGGGCUAGGGGUGCAGCUGGCUAUAUGGUUUCUCCCGCCGUGUACAAUACUUUCCGGUAUAUAUAGAUCAUUUUUGCAAAAGUCUUCAAAAUUCCUUGUGAAAUGUAGGGGAACGUAAACCCUGUGCUUUGGCAGAAAUAUGGCAGCAUGUAGUGAGCAAUACAGCAAAGACUACCCACAGCCAUUUCUAAAGUAUCCCAAAAGAUGCAAUUAGUUUUUGUUUCUUAGUCGGAGCAUAUAGUCUGCCUAUGCAGUACAAACACCAUUAAGUAUACCUUUUAAGUAGUCACUAAAUCUUAGGGCCAUGGGGCACAUUUUUUAUUAACGUAAUAUGGAGAAGCAUGCCAGUAUUUAGCAGCUGUCACUUCCAGCAGCCCGCUAGAUCGCCCGCAGCCUAACCAAAUGCCUUGACAAAAAAAAUAAAGGUUAAUUGCACUUAUUUUUGUACCAUCAAUUGGAACUUUUUGGAUCUUUGCAGCGUGGGAAACAUGGAAGGAAUAGUUUAAUACUUAAAACAAUUACAAAAACGUGCUCAAAUAUUACUCAAUUAUAAUUGAUGCUAAAACCGGCCAAAACAUUACUAUGGAGCCAACUUUGGAUGAGAUGACAACGAACAGGUCAAAAACGUCCUAUAUGGACCCACCUCCCUAAGAUAGAACGUGGUACUCUGCCAGUUGUCAGCAUUGUACGGGAGAUACCAACCCACGCUCCCCCAUCCUGCGCACAGCUGUAUAUACAAGCGGUGACGUGCAUGGUUGAUGUUUGGAAGGAGAAGCAUUGCAGGCAGUGGUAUCUCUUGAUACAUCAGGAAUGGGAGCCCAGUGAAUCUUGGGAGAGGGAUUUCAAUGGCCUCUUUUUCUUUUUGCACAACUUUCAGCACUAAAAUCAGGGAAAUCAUUUGAUGAAAACACCCUAAAAUGGUCUUAUCAAAUCUUCUAAAGGUGUUAGCAACACCCCCACAAGUUGAAUAAAUCUCCCCCUUAGUCCUUUACGAUGAGAUCUUUCUAUCGGACCUGAUGAAAUGGGGAAGGGGAGGGGGGGGGGGGGUUCUAGGGCCAGGGGAACGAAUGAGAUCUCUGCUGACUCGCAUGUUAGCCGCUCACACUGUAAAUAGCAUGGAUUUGCACUUUUGGGACAUCUAUUGCUGUGUAUGAAUGUAAGCCAAGUGCCAACAUUUCUGACCAUCUCUAUAAAUCCCUUAUAAAGGGGUGCAUCGUAGGAAUCAUGAUGGUGGACAGUCUGGGACCCAAAGUCAUGAAUUGUACAAUGUGUAGGAAAUAUCUGAUCUAAUGUGAAUGCGUUACCAAACAUCCACGAACAGAGCUGUGAGCGUUUCAAUUUUGAUUUUGUUUAAUAGCAUAAUGUAAAUGGUUAUCCUUUGGUAGAGUUUAAAGAGAGACUAUAUUCUUCGGGAAAAAAAGUUUAGUAAUUUUGCUGAUUUUUUUUUUUUUUAUGUCUACAGAUGGGCAGAAUAGAAUUGGUUUCUCUGGGGGAGAUGUAUCAAAGCUUGGAGAGGGAUAAAAUCGAGAAAGUACCAACCAAUUAGCUCCUGUCAUUCUUCAAACACAGCCUGUAACAUGGCUGUUAGAAGCUGAUUGGCUGGUAUUUUAUCUCCCUCAAAGGUUGCUAUAUCUCUCCCUCUAUAAUACCUUCUUUGCUGUGGAUGAGGAGGAGAGCGGGAAUGGUAAAAUGCCACCACAAAGUACGUAGGAACUCUAGUCCCAGCAACGUCUUCCCUUGCCUCUAUUUUAAGGGGUAUGUUUUUACCCAAAUAACUUGCAGUAUUUUAAUAUAGGAAUUUUAUCUAUACAUGAAAAUGAGCUCUUCCAUUCUGCACCUGGUUUUAAUUUAUUAAUGUUGCGCUAAGAGAACAAUUAUGCUGAACCCUAGAUCGUAGAGUGGCAUUAGGGACCCCAAGUCUCUGUGUGUGAUUAUAACAAGCUCAGAAUUAGUCUGUAGUAGAUUGUAUUGCAAAUCUGACAGCAAACCACAAAUACAGAUUGGGGGACCGCUGACCCGGGUGGUAUUCAGUAUACCGGUUGUUGGGAUCCCGGCGCACAGUAUACCGGCGUCGGCAUACCGACACCUUUUCUUCCUCUUGGGGGUCCACGACCCCGCUGGAGGGAGAACAGAGAGCGCGCCACGUCAUUUGUGCUCACCCCCGCUGUCGGCAAGCCGGCGGUCAGGAUCCCGGCGCCGGUAUGCUGGCCGCCGGGGACCCCGGCCGCCGGCAACUCAAACUAAACCCGACCCCCCACACCGUGCAAAUUUAUGGAUUACAGUUCAAUUACACUAUUGGCAAGAUAACAGAUUUUUUUUUAUUUUUUAGUAUGCUUGAUUGGAAAAUUUUAAAUUGCAUCAUAUUUCAUUGGAUUAAAUCACAACUUUGUAAUUAUUCCUUUUUUUGAACUUUUUCCUGUUGUCCUCCCCACCUCUUCCCCAGUCAUGUCUAAAAUGGUUUAACUAAAUCCCAAAAAUCUACACAAAUGAUAUCUUACUAAAGGAGGAGCAAUAGCUGAAUAAAAUAAUCAAUAUUUAGGAGGGAGGGUAUUUAUCAAUGUAUGGAGACAGAAAGGAGAGAGAGAAAGCACAAACCAAUUAGCUCCUGUCAUUCUUCAAACACAGCCUGUAACAUGAGAGUUAGAAGCUGAUUGGUUCGUAUUUCCUCUCCGCUUUUCUAAAUACCCCCUAGACAUUUUCCAAAACUGCGUCCCUUCCACUAGUUACAUGUAAACUCACCAUUACCUGUUUUCCAUACCCUUUUUUUAUUGAGGUGUUGACUUUUAAAAACAGCUUUAAGCCUUCCAUACGUACUGUAUUGAGCUUCGUUCUAGCAUGGUAACUGCUGCGUAGAGGGGACGGCCAUUUUAAAAGCUGUGAAGUAUGACAACAGUUGUAGAAGUCUAAAUCGCAAGCUGAAAAAAAAAUUAACUUUUUGUUUCCAUUUAUAUUUGUUUUCUGGAAUAGUUCAGGAUUUUAGUGGAACCUAAUUUAUGUGUGGGCAGUUUACUUCACUCUUUCUCCAGAAAAGCUAAUAAUAUAUAUAUAUAUAUAUAUAUAUAUAUAUAUAUAUAUAUAUAUAAUGAGGGUACUAAUUCAUUUGGGUCGGUUUUAGGGACUAAUUGUAGCCACGCAGGUCAUCAGAAUAUUUGUCAAAGGCAGCACCUGAAGCUUUGACACUGAGCGCCAUUUUGUUGCAGUAGCAGUGUCUCAUGAUAAGAUGAGCCAUGUGUUUGUUCUAGAAAAUACCAAUAGCAUUACCAGACGCGAAGAACAAAGUAUUACUAGGCCCUAGGCCUCUGUAGUAAAACUGUACUUACUCAGUUUCUUCAUUUAAAAAAUAAAAAUAAAAAAUAUUUUUUAAGCUAAAGCACAUUUGCCACAUUUAGCCAUAAUAUUUUUUGUUUUGGUGGGAUAGUUGUGUUAUUACUUCCAAAAACUAUAGGAAAAUGCUGCUUCUGAGAGGCAAUGUGAAAAGGAAGUAUUACUUAUGUAUAGUUAUUUAUUUAUAGAAAAUGUGGUACAAUGUAUAUUGAAAAAUACUGAAGUUACUGACAAAUGGCAUUGAAGUGUCUUUACUAAAUGAUUGUUAUAACGCGGCAAAGCUUUUUUUGUUGUUGAAAAAUAAAGAGAAAAUUAAGAGAAAA